AAAAAACCCCCAAAACAAAACAGGAGCCUUGAAGAAUAAUAGUCUCCCAACUCAGGGAGAGAAAACACCAGGAAGCACAUGCCCAACAAGGAAUGAUGGGAAACUGAGACAAUAAACACAAAAGGUAAUGAGGCAAGAGGAAACAGGUGGAGCAGGAACAAAUCUGGGAUGAUGAGACAAGAGAAGUAGAACACAAAAUAAAGCACUGUGACAAAAGACUAUCAAAAUAAAACAGGAAGUAACUAUUGGAGACAAAAGACUCAAAGAUACAAAACUGACAGACCGGACACAGAGAAGAAAAAGGAAACAACAAGACACUAUACAAAAUAAAAGUUGAACAUGCUGAAAGCAGCCAAACACUGAAACAAAUACUCAAAGAAUAAUGAACAAUGAGACUGAGAACCAGGAUGUUAAAUAAAGACAAGAAUUUAAAGUUUGUAAUCGAAAACUGUGGAUCCAAAACCCGGGACCGUGACACAGGGACCAAACUCAAAUAUAUCUACAAGCAUCAUCAGGGGAUAGGCAGCUAUUUGCAUUUGUUGAUCUCAGUGAGGUCAUGAAAACACAGGACUUGAAUCAUCAACCUUUGUGUCUCUGCCAGAAAAAAAAGCCAUGAUGAGACCAGAGGAGCUCCUAAACACCCUGGAAGAUUUAACAGACAAUGAGUUUGAAGGCUUUAAGUGGCGCCUGCAGCAGGGCGAAGUCCUUGCAAGUCGACCAACCAUCAAAAAGAGCCGACUGCAGACGGCAAAAAGACGGGACACCGUGGACCUGAUGGUGCACACCUACACUCUUCCUGGAGCUGUGGAGGUGACCAGGAAGGUUUUAGAAAGAAUCUGCAGGAAUGAUCUGCUGCAGAGUUUGUCUGCCAACUCAGAGCAACAAGCUGCCGUACCAGGAGAGGUUCCCUGUGACGUCUGCACUGGAAGCAAACUGAAGGCCCUGAAGUCCUGCAUGGUGUGUCUGACCUCCUAUUGUGAGAUGCACCUGGAGCCUCAUCUGACAGCUUCACGUCUGAGAAGACAUCAGCUGGUAGAGCCUGUGGAGAACCUGGAAGGCAGGAUGGGUAUGAAGCACGAUAAACCUCUGGAGCUGUUUUGUAAGACUGACCAGACAUGUGUCUGCACGCUCUGCUCUGUUUUCAAACACAAGACUCAUGAGUUUGUUCCUCUGAGAGAAGAAUAUGAGGGAAAGAAGGCAGAGCUGUGGAAGACAGAGGCUGAAAUUCAGCUAAUGAUCCAGAAGAGACAACUGAAAAUUCAGGAGAUCAAAAAGUCAGUAAAGAUGAGUAAAGAUUCUGCAGAGAGAAAGCAGAAGGUUUGCAGGUGUUCACUGCUCUGCAGGAGUCUGCUGAGAGAGGAAUGA